AUGCAAGUAGUACAAAUUGAGCAAACCCCAAAGGACUAUAUUAGCGACAUCAAAAUAGUCUCUUCCAGAUCAUUACUUUUGAUAACAUCUUGGGAUGGUUCGCUAACAAUUUACAAAGUCAAAGAACAAGCAAAGCAGGUCGAGUUUUUACAAUCGCUGCAGUAUAAACAUCCAUUACUGUGCUGCAAUUUCAUUAAUAAUCCAGACCUUCAAAUCUACGUAGGAACCGUGCAAGGUGAAAUCCUAAAAGUUAAUUUGGUAAGUACACCCAGCUUCCAAGCUUUAACGAAUAAUGAAGCCAAUUUGGGCAUUUGCCGAAUAUGCAAAUAUGGGGAAGACAAACUUAUUGCCGCGUCAUGGGAUGGUCUUAUAGAGGUUAUUGACCCUUGCAACUACCACAACGAAAUUGGUACUGUGAAGAAUUUGAACUCUAGUAACACGAAGGUGAAGAAUAAAAUAUUCACCAUGGAUACCGACUCCUCUCGUUUGAUUGUUGGUAUGAACAAUAGCCGCGUCCGAUGGUUUCACCUCCCACUCCGCAAAGAUGAUAAUGGGACGGUGGAGGAAUCCGGACUGAAGUAUCAAAUAAGAGAUGUCGCUCUUUUACCACAAAAUCAAGAAGGCUAUGCAUGCAGCAGUAUCGAUGGCCGCGUUGCAGUGGAGUUUUUCAAUGAUCAAGGCAGUGAGGAUGGCUCGAGCAAAAGGUUCGCAUUUAGGUGUCAUCGCUUGAAUCUAAAGGACACUAACCUAGCAUAUCCGGUUAAUUCUAUCGAGUUUUCCCCCCAAUCUGAGUUUCUAUAUACAGCUGGCUCUGAUGGCAUUAUUUCCUGCUGGAAUUUACAAACUCGCAAGAAGAUUAAGAACUUCGCUAAAUUUAACGAGAACAGCGUGGUUAAGAUCGCUUGUGCAAAUAAUGUUCUAUGUCUAGCCACUUCUGACGAUACUUUCAAGACAAAUGCCACCAUUGAUCGUGGUAUUGAACUAGAAGCGAGUUCAGCGUACGUAAUAUUUGAUUAUGAGACAUAG